UGUGUGGAAGAUCGCUUUAUUUUCGAUUUAUUAUUUAGUUUUGUUGUUCUUACCGUUUGGUUGCAUGAAAUCGCAAACCCUAGGGUUUUUGUUUGUCCGGCGCCAUAGCAGUACUUUUAAUUCUAAUUUUAGAUUUUGUUUGCUCUCUGUUAGGCAUUUGUGUCGAUUGAUUUUACGAGCAUCUUUCUUCUCUAUAUGUAAUUUUCAUUUUCCCGUAUGUUGGCGGUUGAGUUGCGCCAUGGGUGUUUUGUUUUAAUGGAGCCUAGGUUCUUUUCCACGUAAUCGCAUGGUCUGGCAGAGUUUUUAACAGGAGAUUGUGUCUUGAAAAUGGAGCCAUCAAAAGAAGGUUCUUCUCGACUUCUUAUUAAACUUACUAAAGAUCAGAAAAUUAUAAGCCGCGUAGCAUGUGUUGGUCCACCCACGCAAAUGCCUGCAGUUUGGGCCAUAACUUCCAUUGUCCGAAAAGAGAAGAUUGACUGUCAAUCUUCAUUGCUUGGUUGUUCUCUAAUCCCGGCUUGUGAAGAUCAUCAUCAGGAAAAAGAGUGGGGAUCUUUCCUAGAAUUCCUGCAGAAGUAUGAAAGGGCUGCUGUAUCAAAGCUGGGAUUGCAUGAAGUGUACAUACUUCCCUGCAGCAAAGAUUCAAAACGUGGCUUCGCAACUGUUCUAUACAAAGAGAAAGUGCCAAACUUGUCUCCUAGUCAAAAGUGUGAUGCAUUGGCAGAAAUUGUUGCUUUUGAAACAUCAUCUCCACCCAAAAUUAUUGCUGGUGAGGCUGCUAUGUCAAAUUCUGACCUCAUUGAUAGAAUUUCUCCUGAGCAACGAUAUCCAGAAGUAAAUGGAGGUUACUCUUGUGAUUUGAAACCUAAAGAACAAAGCAGAUCCUCUGAUAGAAAUUUUGUGGUAGCACAUCCAAGCUAUCUCAAAACCCUUGGUCAAGCACAUUCCUGCUGGAUAUUUGGUGCAAUUGCCGAGCUUGUUGACAAUUCAAGAGAUGCCAAAGCAACCAAAUUGGAAGUGGCUAUUAGUAUGAUUUAUUCCAAGAUUUCUGGCAAAGAUAUUCCUAUGUUGUCAGUAAUAGAUGAUGGUCGUGGAAUGAGCCACACAGAUAUCUACAGAAUGAUAUCAUUUGGCCAUGGGCAAUCGGAAGCUGAUGAUCCUGAUCAUAUAGGAAGAUAUGGAAUUGGAUUUAAGACUGGGGCGAUGCGACUAGGUAAGGAUGCGUUGGUUCUAACCCAGACUGCUAAUUCCAGAUCAAUUGCAUUUCUAUCACAGUCACUGAAUGAAGGAAAAGAUAAUUUGGAGAUCCCCAUUGUGAGCUACCGAAGAAUUGGGCAGUAUAUGGAAGUGGAUACAAGUGUCCACAACGAGGAUUCUGCAAAGUACAACUUGAAAACCAUUAAAAGAUUCUCUCCAUUUGAUAAAUACCUUAUAGGUGAAAAAACAGGCAUAUUCAAAGAAAAUGGCACUGGAACACAAAUUUACAUAUGGAAUUUAGAUGAAUGGGGAUCAGCUUAUAGCUUGCAAUGGGAAGCUGGGAUGGCUGGCGGGAGUUCCUUUCACCACGGCGGAAUAUUCAUACGUUCGAAAAGGAUAAGAUCUCGUCCUGGACAAAUGUCUCACACGGUGCCUUUGGACUAUUCUCUUAAAUCGUAUUUGGAGGUUAUCUUCCUUGAUCCACGGAUGAAGAUCUAUGUACAAGGAGCUUUGGUUAAAAGUCGACCCCUAGCAAAAUCUUUGAACAAGACAGUUGUUGAAAAUGGUAAAGUCUUGGGAAAAUCAAUUCAACUUACUCUUGGCCGCUCUCAAUUGGAAUGGGAGCAAGCAAAUUGUGGCAUAUUUUUAUAUUGGCACGGGCGUCUGAUUGAGGCAUACAAGAGAGUUGGAAGCAUAAUCCAUAAUGGGGAUUGCGGGCGUGGCAUCAUUGGCGUGAUUGAUGUUACUCCUUUAAUGGAUGAUAGCAAUGGUCAGGUUUGGGUACACAAUAACAAGCAAGGGUUUCAGGACUGCGAAGCCUAUGCUGAACUGGAGAAUUGGCUGGGUAAAAAGGUGGAUGAAUAUCUCGACAAAUAUGUUGAUAAGAUUCAAGUGAAAAAGGGUAAUACCCAAUAUAAACCUGAUCAUGAGUGGGUGCAGUGCGACAAAUGCAGAAAGUGGAGGAUGUUAAGCUCAGACUUUGACAGCAAGACAUUACCUCUAGAAUGGUUCUGUUUUAUGAAGCCCUUCAAUGGAAGAUGCGAAAUUCCUGAGGAAGAGGUCGGAAGUGGACUGAUCACAAUAUCGACCAAGCGUAACGGUUACAGCAUCAAAGAACCAUCCGAAUCAAGAAAUAGUCUUCCUGAAAAAGCAACUAGUCAAUCCGAAGAAAUUUGUGACGGAAAGUUAAGUGAACCGGAUGAAGAUGAUGUUCGGUUAUCGAAGAGGCAAAGAACCCGUGCAACGAGGAGCUGUUAUGAUGAGAAAUCAAAUGAAACCGAAGAAGAUGAUGAUGAAUUGUUGGCCUUCAUGCGCGUAAGGUCCCGUCUUCCUAGGAGCUGUAAGAAGAGUUGACACUACCCGUACAAGUUCGUCUAACCUAGCCUAACUAAUAGUUUUUACCCAACUUUGAAAUUGUAUAUGGCAACGGGUAUUCGUAUUUCGGCUUCUUUUUAGGGGUGUCGAUGGGUUUUGAAAUUCUUGCGAGUAAUCAGUGCAAUCAAUCAUUUUUCGGUAAAUAGCACUUAUUGAAUUGUUAAA